AUGAUGGCGCCUUCGUCAAUAUCUAGCUGGGCGGUGGUUUUGGCACUGAUGGGAUUCCUGGGGAGGGUCGAGGGUAUCGAAAACAACUUCGACUUCUACCCUACCGACGCGCAAUCGUGCCUGUACAAGGCGGGAAAGGAGGCCAACUGCCCGAAGCAGUCGGUGUCGCAGCUCAACAGCUGCCAGUGCAACAACGGCGGCGACUUCAUCACACUGACGGCCGAGUGCCUGGGCACCGACGAUUCGCACGACCUGCGCUCGGUCUACACCAUCAUGGACGAGGCCUGCGGCGACUCGUCCACGCCGAUCGGGAUGACGAGGGCCGAGUUCGAGGAGGCGGCGGCAUCAGCAUCGGCGACGGCCUCUGCGACGGCCUCUCCCACAGCGACGACGACGGCGACGGCGACGGCGACGGCGAAAGCGACGGCCACCAGCUCGGCAUCACCGUCGUCAUCACCCACAGACCUGUCGGACGGCGGCACGCUGUCGGACCUUACGGACAGCAUCGGGACGGGAGGGGUCGUGGGCGUCGCCGUGGGCGCCGCCGCCGCCGUCGCCGGCAUCGCAGCCCUCGUCUCGUGGUGCUGCUUUCGACGGUACAAGAAGCGCAACGGAGCCAGGUCAGGCAACGCCAGCAACCCGAGCGACGUCAGCCUCAGCAACUCUCAGGCCCACCCUAUGCUCGGCCCCGGCGGCGGUGCCGCCACCCCGGGCUCCGGCUACCUCGAUCCCAGCGACGCCAACGCCGCCUACUACGCCGGGUCCCCGGCCGGAACGGUCUCGGCCCUCAGCCCCAACCAGAGCACCAACCAGUUCCCCGUGUCGCCGUGGCACGCGUCGACCCCUCCGCCGCCCCAGUCGGCCGCCGGCGGUGCUGCCAUGGCCUUUCAGCACCCGCACGAGUAUCUCCAGCACCAUCAUAUGCAGCAGAUGCAGAUGCAGCAGAUGCAGCAGAUGCAGGGCCCGGUCGAGCUCCCGCCAGAUAACAUGAUCCAUGUCAAGCAGGAUCCUGUCGAGAUGCCGGAGCAAGGUUUGGGAAACUCCUGGAAAGAUUAA